AUGAGUACAAAAGAAAAUGAUAAAGUUAUUGAAAAUUUUUGUGUUUAUGACCAUUCAAAUAAAUGCUUUUCUUAUCUUAAAAUAAAAAAAAGAGAAAUAAAAAAAGAAAAAUAUCAAAACGAAUAUGAGAGAUUAGUUAACAGGAAAUGUAUGUAUAAUUACGAAUGGAUAAAAAAUUUAUCAUAUGAGAAAUGUAUAGAUUAUAUUACAAAAAAUAGUUUCAAGAAUUUAAAAGAAGAAAAAUAUGUAAAUAAAUAUGCAAGAAAAUGUAAAAAGAAUAUAUCUUCAUUAUGUUCUACUAAACAAAAUGAAGAAUGUUGUUUUCUUAAUAAUACGAAAUUUUUAAAAGAAGCAAAGAAUAUAAAAAAUGCUCUUCAUUGUAUAAAUAGGAAUAAAGGUAAGUACAAGCCACAAUUAUUUGUAGACAAUAUUUUUAAAAUGAAGAAGCGUUACGAGAAUAUAGAAUAUAAACAUGAACAUAUGAUAAGAGAACAUAAAUUGAAUGAUCAUGAUGGGUAUGAAAAAGGUCUUGUGGAAUUAUCAAACAAAAAAAAAAUGGUUAUCACGGAUGGUGAUAAUAAUGUGAAUAAUGUAAAUAAUGUGAAUAAUGUAAAUAAUGUAAAUAAUGUGAAUAAUGUAAAUAAUGUAAAUAAUGUGAAUAAUGUAAAUAAUGUAAAUAAUGUAAAUAAUGUAAAUAAUGUAAAUAAUGUAAAUAAUGUGAAUAAUGUAAAUAAUGUAAAUAAUGUAAAUAAUGUAAAUAAUGUAAAUAAUGUAAAUAAUGUAAAUAAUGUGAAUAAUGUGAAUAUGUUUAAAAUGAAGAAUAACUUUGACGAAUCUUACAAUCACCCCUUUGAUAUUUCGUUUCGAAAAAAAUAUUAUGAAAAAAUUUCGAGACUAUGGUUAAAAAAUUUUGUAAAAAAAAAUGGAAAGGUACAUAAAAAUCUAGCCAAAAAAUUAAUCAAAUGUGUAAUAAUAAAAAAUUUUAUAAUAUUUGAUGUAGAGCUAUGGAAUAUUUUUUUGAAAAAAAAUAUAACGAAUCAUUUUAAUACGAAUUUAUAUUUUCUUACUGGAAAAAUAGGUAAUAUGAAAAGUGUAUUUUUAAAUAAUAUAUUUUGUUCUUUCCCCUUUCUUUAUAAAAAUGAUCAUAUGUUUAUGAUAGAUAUAAGUAACUAUGAAGACCAUACAAUUGUUUGUGAUUAUAGAUAUUUAAUGGAUCCCAUGUAUGUAAAUACAAAUGAAGAAUAUAAUAUAAAAAAAAAAUUAAAAAAAAAAAAAAAAAAAUUAUCUUCGUUUAAAAUGUGGGAUACUUUUGAUGAUAUAAAAAACAAAGAGAAAUAUUCAAAAUUAAUAAACUUAAAAGUAUAUAAUGACAAAUUGAAAAAUAAGGUACGUCUAUGUGAAGAAGAAGAAAAAAAUAAUAAUAAUAAUAAUAAUAAUAAUAAAAAUUAUUAUCAUGUACAAAAUAAAAAUUAUAAAAAUGUAGAUAUUAUAAAUAUGAAGUAUGAUAAUAUUAUGUUUUUUGAAGAGAAAUUUCAAAGUGAUAGUAGUUAUGAACUUAUAAAUUUUAAAACAAAUCAAUUUCAAAAAAAAAAAAUAAAUAUUUCAGAUGAUCAAAAAUAUAAUAAUAAUUAUGAAAAAAAAUUAUAUGUUCAAAAAGUUUUGUAUCCUUAUUAUUAUGAACUGGUAUUAAAAGAAAAACUUAUUACAGAUAUAAAUAUGAUAACAUCAUAUGACCCUUUAAAUUUUAAUCUUGAAUAUAUUUUGAUACAUUUUACUCGACAAGCAAUCAUUAAACAAUUUGUAUGGAAACGGAAAAUGUAUAAAUGGUUAAAGGGGAUAUUUAACAAGUCACAAGGGAAACAAGGUAUGAAAAAAGUAAAUGUUAAUGUUGGGAGAAAGAAUGAUGAUGACUAUGAAAAUGUUUAUAUAAAUAAAAAAAUGAAUAUGAAUUUAGGGCUUGACUUAUUCAAUGGAGGAAUAUCUUUUCUAUUAAUAAAAAAUUUAGAAUAUAUAAAUAACUUUCCAAUACAUAAAAAGAAUUGUAUAAUAUUUUUACUAUUAAAAUAUAUAUAUAUGUGGAAAAAUAUGAAUUUAAAUGCUCAUAUGUUUAUAAUAUCUUCUUCAUCAUCAACGUCCCAUAAUAAUAAUAAUAAUAAUAAAAAUAAUAAUGUAAUAAAUAAUAUAAAAAUUUACAACAAUUCAAGUGAUAAUAUCAGUUCUUUAUUUAAUAUAUAUAUGAAUAAUUAUUUUGUUUUUGUGUUUCCAAAUUUUCUUCAUAGUAGUAAUAGGUAUAAACUUUUAAUCAAUUUAUUUAAAAAAUAUAAAUUAUACUAUUGUAAAAAUGAGAUUAAGGAGCUAGCUAAAAUAACAAAUAAUUUUAAUAUAGACAAUAUAAAAAAAUUAUUCCAAGAUGAAUAUAGAGAAAGAAUCAUAGAUCAUUUAGAAAAAAGAAAAGAAGAUACAUCACAAGAAAUUAUCACAAAGAAUAGUUGUAUUAUAAAAGAUAUUUUUCAAAAAGCACGUAAAGGGAAAAAUCAAUUUUUUUCUAAAAGUUUAAAUCUUCAACAGGAUUCUCAUAUAUAUAUACAUAUGCAUGAAAUUGAAAUGUAUAAGAAGAAAAAAUAUGAAAUGUUUUCAAAAAGUGGUAUAUUUGAAAAUUAUGGAUUUAACGAGGUUAUUGGAGAGGAUGAAUUAAUAACUCAGUUGAAAAACCAGAUCGUGAGUAAAUUUAAUAUGAAGGAGAGUAAAAAUAUGGGAUUAAACAAAAUAGAUAUGUAUGAUAUGGUAAAUGAUAAUGUAAAUGUUAAUAAUAAUAAUAAUAAUAUAAAGGAGGAUGGAAUUAAUAAUAUACAUGAGAAUUAUAAAAGUCAUUAUAAUAAAGAAAUGCAUGUAUCAAAUUCAAUGUGGGAAAAUAUCUCCAAUUUUAAUGAACUGGAUACUGUGGGCAUAUUACUACAUGGUAAUAGUGGAUCUGGGAAAAGUUUUAUUGCUAAAAAAAUUGUUGAAGAAUGUAAUUGUAAUUCUGUUAUUAUUAAUUGUUCCAACAUAUUUAAUAAAGUUAUGGGAGAAUCAGAAAAAUUUCUAAACGAGAUCUUUGAAUAUUGUAUAAACAAAUUACAACCAUGUAUCCUUUUACUUGAUAAUAUAGAAACUAUAUGUUAUAAAGAAGAUUAUAUAACUGUUGAAAAUUUUACUACAAGAUUGAAAUUAUGUUUUUAUGAAAAUAUAGAUAAAAUUCAUUAUGAAAAGAAAUGGAAAAGAAAUCCUUGUUUACUUUUAAUUAUAGCUACUACAAAUAAUAUAAAUAAUAUUGAUGAUAAUUUGUUAACACAUUAUCGUUUCAAAUAUAUUUAUCAAACUACACAUUUCCAAUAUUGGAAAGAACAAGAUAUUUAUAAAUUAUUCUAUAAAUAUUUAAAAAAUAAUAAUAUAGAAUCUACCCAUUUUUUAUAUUCACACAAAUUUAAACACUUUGUUGAUGAACAUAUUAUAAAAGUUCAAUAUAAAUUAUCUCCUUUAUAUAUAUACAACCUUUGUACCUAUGCUUUGGCCUAUCGUUUAAGAAAUGCCCUCAAAGGAAAUGAAAACGAACUGGAUGUCGAGGAUUUCUAUGAGGCCAUAAAAAGAAUGAUAUAUUAA